AUGCACCACCGCAGCGAGCCCCUGCUGCGCGCCGCCGCCGCCGCGGCCGCCUCCAAGGCGUCCGACUUCAAGCCCCAGGAGCUGGCUAAUCUGGUGUGGGCGUACGCGAGCAUGGAGUACCGGGACGACAAGAUGCUGGCCGCCGUGGCGCGGCAGGCGCACUCGCUCGCGGAGCAGUUCAACGAGCAGGAGCUGUCCAACCUGAUCUGGGGGCUGGGCAAGCUGCGCUACGGCGACCCUGCGCUGUUCAGCCACCUGCUGCGAUGCGUCGCGUCAAAGCUGCACGCCUUCACGCCCCAGGUGCGCGCCCGCGCGCCCCCAACUCUCCCCGCCGAACCGCGGCGCUCGCUCGCCCGCCUGCCGCUGCAGUUGCUGCUGCUGCCGCUGCUGCUGCCGCUGCUGCUGCCGCUGCUGCCUGUGUCUGCCUGCUUGUCGCAAGCCGAAACACAGACGCCCCGUCGCCGCCGCGACCGCCGCCGCCGCCGCCGCCUGCAGGGCAUCGCCAACGUGGCCUGGGGCAUCGCCACCGCGGGCCACCGGGACGAGCCCCUCUUCAGGCGCCUGCUGUCAAAGUGCGUCCGGGAGCUGCCCGCGAACGACGUGCAGGGGUUGGCAAACCUGAUGUGGGCGGCGGGGGCUCUGGGCGUGAGGGACGAGGCGUUCAUGGCCGCGGCCGUCGGCGAGUGCUGCCGGCGCGCCGACGACCUCAGCCCGCAGCAGCUCGCCAACGUGCUGUGGGCGUGCGUCACCCUCGACUGGGCCGACCCCCGCGCCAUCGCGCGCCUCGCCGACGCCGCCGCGGCCCGCUCAGGCGGCUUUGAGCCGCAGGCGCUCUCGAACUGCGCCUGGGCGCUCGCGCGCCUCGGCGCGGCGCCGGGCGCAGCGCCCGGCGCGGCGCGGCCGCAGGCGUUUGAGGCGCUCGCGGCGGCGGCGCUGCCGAAGGCGCGCGCGUUCACCGCGCAGGGCUGCGCCAACCUGCUGUGGGCGUUCGCGACGGCGGGGCACCCGCACCCCAAGCUGUUUGACGCGAUCGGCGGACAGGCGGUGCAGCGCAUCGACUCGUUCAGCCCCCACAACUGCAGCGUCACCGCCUGGGCCUGCGCCAGCGCGCGCCACUACUCCCCCGCGCUCUGCGACGCCCUCCUGGCCCGCGCACUCGGUGCCAGCGCCGCCGCCGCCGCGCCGUCGGCGCAGCCGCCGGAGGGGGGCGUCGACGGCGAUGCGGGAGAGCGCGCCGGCGCGGCGCCGCUGGCGCCGCAGGGCGCCGCCAACCUGCUGUGGGCGCUCGCGCGGCUGGGGCACCCCGUGGCCGGCGGCCCGCACGCGGGCGCGCUGCGGGACGCGGCGGUGCGCCUGAUGCCUUCUAUGGCGCGCCAGGAGCUGUGCAACUCGGGCUGGGCGCUCGCCGCGCUCGGGCUCAUGGACGGGCGCGCGUGGGGCGCGUUCUGCGCCGCGCUCGGCGCUGCGGACGUAUAA